AUGGAUGCAAUGAUCGCGUUCGCAAGGGGCUUGGUGCCUCAUCGGAUGGUGGACGCAACUGAUAACAGCACAACUCGGCAGACGAGGUGCAAGGACGCCCACUGCUGCAGUCUACUCCCGGAGCAGUUCGCGGAAGAGGUGCAGCACGACGCGACGCUAGGUGGUGGGCCGGACGUGCCAGUGCCAAAAUACCCCGGGGCGGCUGAUCGCGAGAAGAUGCGCGAGUUUGCAGAGCAGCUGCAGGACUUCUAUCGCACAGGUGGUCAACUGCCCAUUGGCGACCUGAUGGCGUUGUUGCAGGAUGCAGAGACGUUCGGGCCACAAUUUGUGACCCUUCACUUGUUUUUCACCCAGCAGAAGGCCCUGGUGUACGUCGAGGCUUUCGAUGGUUGGCUCGUCUGUGAAGAGAACCCCUUCCUGUUCAAUGGAGACUUCGUUGAUCGCGGGUCGUACUCUGUCGAGAUCAUGGUGAUAUUGCUGGCUUGGAAGCUCGCCUAUCCAGAGCACAUGCACCUGGCACGUGGAAAUCAUGAGGCCUACUUCGGCCGCGAGGCUCUCAGUUGGGACGCUGACAUGAACUUUAACUAUGGCUUCACGGGCGAAGUUUUGGCCAAGUACAGGGCGCAGCUGGCUGUUUGGGCCGCCUUUCAACGGGUCUUCCUGAACCUGCCCCUGUCACACGUUGUCAACAACGAUGUGUUCGUGACACACGGCGGCUUGCCUCGGAAGGAGGACACCAAAUUGGCAGAUAUCGAAGCCCUGGAUGUGAUGGAGAUCACCCGCAGCCUGGAAGAGCGAAAGAUGCACAAAGACUACAACUUGAUGAGCGACCUCAUGUGGGCGGAUCCCCGUGACAUUGAGGGAGUCAGCACUGGCGACCGCGGUCCGACCACCAUCGUCUUCGGGGAAGAUGUCACGCAGCGCUUUCUGGAAAGGAACAGCUUGAGCUUCAUGAUUCGAUCCCACGAGGUCAAGGAGCAGGGCUACGAGUGGCAACAUGGCAAGCGCUGCCUAACGGUGUUCUCCGCACCCCGUUAUUGCGAUUUUGGAGACAACAAGGGUGCAGUCGUUCGCCUCCAUGCGCAGAAAUCAGGCCGGAUGGAACCAGAAAUUCUGCCAUUCCGAUCGGCCGAAAAGCCGGAGAACUACAUCCGAUGUAUGGCUUUCACACAGCCCGGCUUGACCGAGCA